GAUCAUUAUUAUAAUUAUGUCAUCAUUAUCAUGGUCUACGGCUAAUUUUGUAAAUUGUAAUGUCCAUUCUGUUGAAUCUCAAUCAUCAUCAUCUUAUCAAUUUUCUUAUUCAUCAUCUUCACCAUUACCAUUGCCAUCACCAACAAAAUCAACAACAACAAGUAAAAGAUCCACAAUUCUUGAAACUAAACAAAUUGAUCAAAGGAUAUUUGUUGAUAAAAAUAUCGAUAUCGAUGAUGAUAUCGAUGGUGUUCGUGAUAAUGUUGCCUUAUCUUCAUCUUCAUCUUCUUGUAUUCCACCAUCAUCAUCAUCAUCUUAUCGACCAAAAAAACGACAAUAUAAACGAUCUCUUUAUUGGAGAAAUUCUGAUGAUGAUUCUGAACAAUUAUCAUCAUCCUCGUCGUCAUAUGAUUCAACGAUUUAUGAAAAACAUGAACCACCAACAUUUGCCUUAAAAUUACGAAAUAAAUUUCAAUCAUCAUCAUCAUCAUCAACAAUGAUGAUAACAACGACAACAACAGCCGCAACAACAACAACUAAAACACCGAUAACGACAAAUAGUGAUUUCAAUUUUUUUCAUUAUCAAUCAUUAAAUGAUGAUCAAUUUAUGUUGGCUGAUAGUCCCCAAAUGGAUCCAAUAGAUCCAGUUGAUAAUGACGAUGAUGAUGAUGUUGAUGAUGAUAAUGAUUUUUAUCCAUCAUCAUCAUCAUCAUCAUCUAAAAAACAACGUACACGUAUAACAAGACAUCGGCAUAAAAAUUCGGAAAAAGAUUUUGAAAUAAUUGGUACAUUAACCGGUGUUGCUGGUGGAAAAAUUGCCUUACCAUGUAAUAUAUCAACAUCAACGCCCAAAGAUUCAGUUUCAUUAAUACUUUGGUAUAAAGAUGAAUCAACUACACCUAUUUACAGUGUGGACGCACGUAAAGGUGUUAGCCUUGAAGCAGCAAGACGUGUUACAGAUGAAAAUCUUGCAUCCAGAGCCUAUAUGAAUACUGGUACAAAUACUGGACAAACAUCAUCAUCAUCAUCACCAUAUGCACAUUUAAUGUUAGAAUUAUUAACACCGGAUGAUGCCGGUGAAUAUGCAUGUCGUGUUGAUUUUCGUAAAGAACGUACACGUAAUUCGGUGAUAUUUUUAAAAAUAAUUGUGCCACCUGAAAAGCCUCAAAUAAUCGAUACAAAUGGUGAAUCAUUGCCAUCAUUAAUUGGUCCAUAUACUGAAGGUGAUCAUUUAACAUUAAUUUGUGAAGUUGAAGGUGGAAAACCACAACCAUCAUUAACAUGGUGGCGUGAAUCAGUAUUAUUAGAUGAUACAUAUGAACAAAUUACAACAACAAAUAAUAAUCAAUUAAUACGUAAUCAAUUGAUUAUACAAUCAUUACGAAGACAAGAUUUAAUGGCUGUAUUUACUUGUCAAGCAUCAAAUAAUAAUAUAUCAUUACCAUCAACUGCAACUGUAACUGUUGAUCUAAAUUUUCGUCCAUUAACUGUAAAAAUUAUUGGCGAAAGAAAACAAUCAUUAUCAGCGGAAAAAAUUUCAAUAAUUACAUGUGAAUCAAGUGGAUCAAGGCCACCAGCAACUAUUACAUGGUGGAUUGGUGGUACAACUCGAUUACGAAAUGCUCAAGAACAAAUAUCAGCUGAUGGUAAUAAAACAACUAGCCGUUUAUCAUUAACCGUUACUAUUGAUGAUAUUGGUAAAGAAAUUACAUGUCGUGCUGAAAAUCCACAUAUACAAUCAUCAGCUAUUGAAGAUUUAAUUCAAUUGGAAAUUAAUUAUGCACCACAAGUGACAUUAAAAUUAGGAAGUAAUCUUCGUCAUUCACAUAUACAGGAAGGAAAUGAUGUUUAUUUUGAAUGUGUUAUACGUGCAUCACCAUGGUCAUAUGAAGUACGAUGGCAUUUUGAAGGUCGUGAACUACAAACAAAUACAAGUGCCGGUAUUAUUGUUAGUAAUCAAUCAUUAGUAUUACAAAAAGUACGUCGUCAACAACGUGGUAAAUAUACUUGUUCGGCAACAAAUUCUGAAGGUGAUGGUGAAAGUAAUGCUGUACAUCUUCGUAUACAAUUUUCACCAAUCUGUAAAGCUGGUCAAAAAAUUAUCUAUGGUGCUGCUCGACAUGAAACUGUUAAUAUUGUUUGUGAAUUAGAAUCAGAUCCCAGUGAAGUAGAAUUUUUUUGGUCAUAUAAUGGUACUGGUUCGGAACCAAGACGUGAAACAGCAACACUUAAAUAUGAAUCAACUGGACCACAAUCAAGUUUAGGUCGUUAUACACCACAUACUGAAUUCGAUUAUGGUACAAUUUAUUGUUGGGGUCGUAAUUCGGUUGGUAUUCAAUCAAAACCAUGUGCAUAUUCAAUUGUUGCUGCUGGUUCACCGGAUCCUGUUCGAAAUUGUUCAGUAUUCAAUGUUACUGAAGAUUCAAUGCGUGUUGAUUGUGAUGAAGGUUAUGAUGGUGGUUUAAUACAACAUUUUCUAUUAGAAAUUUAUGAUACAACUGAAAGAAAUUCAGCAUUACGUGCCAAUGUUACUGCUUCAACACCACAAUUUUAUUUAAAUAAUUUACAAUCAGCACAUACUUAUUUAUUUGUGAUAUAUGCAGCAAAUGCAAAAGGUCGUAGUAAAGGUAUUGCAUUAACAGCAUUUACAUUGGCUAUGCCUGAAUCAAUGAAUCGUCUUGCAAAAGGAAAUGUUUGGCAGCUCAAUUUUAAUCCAGUACUAGUCGUAUUGAUUGCUGUUGUAACCGGUAUUGUUUUGAUUGCAUUUUUCAUUGUUUUAAUCGUUAGAUGGAAAACAAUGAAACCACCACCAAAUGUUUCCGGUUCAAAUGGUACAUCACCAACAUCAUCAAAUGCUAAUCAUCGAUAUCAUCGUG